AUGCUGAAAGGGGGGAAAAUCAAUUUUCCUCCAAGGAAAAAGCGGAGAGCUGAGCCAGAAGAGAUUAGCUCCGACGAAGACAAUGAGCAAAAUCCGGAUGAACCCGGAACUUCAGAGAAAAAAGACUCGGUAACAUGGAAGAGUCUGGAAAAUGAGUACGCUGUCCAAAAAGCUCGUAGAGAUCUCGACAAAACGAAGUUCCAUUUCGACGGGGGAAUUGAAGGCAAAUUCGUCAAUGGCAAGUACACCGGCGAUGUGCGAUGCCUUGAUCCACGGUGUAAAGCGAAAAAAAAGGAAUUCAUCUGCCAAGAUACCAAAUCGCGCCAACCAAUUAACUUGAAGAAACAUGCUAAAUCAAGCCCCAAUUACAAGUUUCGCGAAACCAAGACAGGUUCAAAUCAAAAAAGCGACAAGGAAAAGCUGACGGAGAUGGAGGCGACCAUAAUCUGCAAAGAACAUCUUCCAUUGACAUUUUUCGCGAAGGAGUCCCUGAAGGCUUACAGGGCCCAACUUUUGAGUUCCGUCAAUGUCGACCCGCAGUGUCUUGACCAGCUUCACUCCUCUAGCUAUCACUACAUCAAAGAGGACAUGAAAAAGCAACAAGAGAUUCUCCGAACUGUUUUGAAAAAGGAGUUGCCAACAUUGCUUGAACAAGGUUUCUGCGCAUUACAAGCCGACCAUAAAUACAUCAAGUCGCGGACACAUGAGGAUAAGAAGAACGGUAUGGCAGUUCUUGUCACCGUGAGCUGCGAAGAAAUCUUCUCAUCAUUGAUUCUGGACUUCCGCGCAACUGAUUCGACAUCCUAUGAGUCCACAAAGAACGAUUUCGAAGAAAUAUUAGACGAAUAUGGCUUGUUGCCAUUAUGGAGAUCCAAGAUGGUCGCCCUCGUUGGAGACUCAAAAUUCGCCAAAUUCGAAGACGACUCCGACUUCAUGGUGGUCUGUCUCCUACAUACCAUCAAUCGCAUCGUCGACUCCAUGGAAGAGAAGGCGUACAUCUUUGGCAUCUACAAGGAACGAUUCAAAGCUGUUGACAACUUCAUUUCUGCGAUCGCCAAGUUGCGCAAGCCUCUUGAAAGUUCCUCUGAAGAUUGUCCACGAACUGUGAACGCGUACCUGAAGAAACUUUCGGAGCAAGGAGUUCCCGCGAUCGACAAGAAAAAGAUUCUGAAAGGACGAAUGCGAUAUCCUGAGAAGAAGCUGACAGACGCUGAAAUCAAGGAAGAUUCAUCGGUCAAAAAAUUUCCGAAGUUUAGAGACCAUUACCACAGCAUCCGUUUUGGCGCAAAAGCUGAGAAAUUCGCAACUCUUUCGGCAAACAUGCGCCAAAUUGUUAGCUUGAAGCUGAAUCCACCGCUUGGAUAUUCUCACCUUCUUCAUCAAGUCUCGCUCCCAGAAAUUCAAUUCAUCGAAGCAAAUCAUUUUUUGCUCAAAGAAAUGAUGUAUUAUUUUUGCGCAGAUCUUUCAAAACUAACAAUUCAAAUAGGUUGUGCAGAGUCUGGUGAUAUACGAAAAGCUGAUUAUCUUCCUUGUUGGCGCAAAAAUGCUGCUCUCGAUCACGGUCAAGAACGCGCAGAAAUCGUCGACAAGUUGGCAAAGACAGCGCUCCAGAAGACUCUCCGUCUCAUCUUCGGGAAGUCUUAUCUACCAGCCCACAAGAAAAUUUCUAAAGACGGAAAGGAAACCUUCGUGGAAGCUGAAAUAAAGACGCUUCAUCAAGCUGAGCCUCCGCGGAUUUCGAAGCCUCAGAUCACGUCGCUCUUCCUCUACUGGCCAAACCGAAGAGUUGACCUCUACCGAGCCUGUGAAGCGAUUAAAACAAGAGACAACGAAGACUUUUUCUACCAAAACAAGUUGAUUCUGGAGGAAGCCGUCACCGACUGGCAAAUAAUCGCGAGAAACGAGAUCCAUCAACUUGCGCAAAAAUUGCAAUUGGGAGAAGAGCCGGCGACGGCAAGCCAAGUGACAAGAGCGGUAGCCAAUCUAGAUGUCUACGAUCCACGAGAUGCAGUUGCGCAAACUGAACCAGCAAGGCGAUCAGAGAUGUCUCUUUGGGAGAAAGUUGAGAAAGAAAUCAACGAGUACUUCAACGAUGGUGAUCACUGGCGAGCUUGGCUGUCUGCGCAAAAUGUCGACUCUCCCAAUUCAGAGUCGGUGUUGUUCGAAUUGUUCUGGCGGGAUCAGAAGUCAAAAUGGCCAAUCCUCUCAGCCAUUGCGCAAAAGUAUGCUAACAUGCCCGUUACGAGCGCGGAAAUAGAACGAAACUUCUCCACCAUGAGUUACGAUUUGGAGAGUGGAAGAUCAAGUCAGAAGGCUCAACACACCGGAAUGGUAAAUCAACGAGCAAACGCAGGCCCAUUCGAAGAAGCAAUCAAGGAAAUCAAGAAGAAGCAAAACAAAAACUAG